UAUUGGAUAUAUGUAACAUUUAUCUCAAGCUUCAGCUUACUGUGGGUCUACAUAAACAGGAUGUUAUUGAGAGACUUGAGGAUACAAUUGCUUGGUCUGACCAGCAGCUAAUUCCUGUAAUUUUUAGGGAGAUAGAGACGAAUCAGGCCUCGAUAAGUUUUGCGGAAAAGGCUAUUGCUGAGAUUAUACGAACCAUCACAGCUGUUCUAAAAACAGGUUUAGUUGACGAAGAGUUUAUAAACCAUGUGGUUGAUUUUGUCAACAGAGUUGUGACUAAACUCUCUUUAGCAGAUUUGAUUCUUGAUCUUCUGUAUGAGUGCUCUGCAUUCGCUUAUACAUCGGACUUCUUAAAACUCUACGAGGAGAGUGUUCCAAUUGAAUUUGUCAAGUUUUUACAAGUUUUCAAUAACCAGGGCUGGAAGCUAGAGGAGAAGGAAAUGGCACCGAUUGAGUCUGCGAUCAACAAGUUUUACAGGCUCUACCAUCAAUACUCAACAGUUUCCGAUGAAGACCAGGAAAUAUUUAUAGAUCUUACUGAGACAGUUAUUAGAGUUACAGUCCAAGCUAUUUCAAGUGAGAUUGAACGGAGAGGAGUGGAGUGUGGUGUACAGGUUUGUGAGUGUGUUGAGGAGGGUAGAGAGGUGAAGGGGAUGUUGGGGAUGGUGGUGGAGACCCUUGUCAACCUCAUCAAGGAGAAUAAAGACCUAGACAAGAUGCUCAUUCUUAUACUUGAGGAUAGAACUGAUCUACUGGAGGUGACCAGUAUGGAAUUAAUAAGUAUUCUUUGCUGCUCAGCGUAUGUUAACACACCGUCUCUUAGGUUAAGUGUUGUGAACUGGGUUAAACAGUUUUUGGAAGCUUUGCCCCGUAAUCAAACAGAGAACGUAAGUGAGAGUGAAGAUCUACUGAUGAUUUUGAGGAAACUAUCUAUAAAUAAUUCAGCGGUAUAAUCGAUAACCUGCCAGAUGAUUAAUUAAAUAUAAUUAAAUAAUGUAAAUCUUACCAAGUUAUGAUUUUUAAAUCAUAUUAAUUAAGUACUUUUUUAACAUUUUUAUGCGAGUUUAUUAGAGGAAUGAAUAUAUAUGUGAUUGAAAUCAAGAAAGUUCAAUGUUAGCCAAUAUUACGUACAAAUACAAUAAAUUAUCAUAUUUAACCCAAUAAACAAUAUUUAAACUGUGA